AUGGAUCUUUUAUUAUUAAAUUAUUCGUCUUGGGUAGGCUCAAAGUUUUUAUUAUUUCCCUCAAAGCUCACUCCUUUGCCCUCCAAACUACGGCGGCGACGGCAAAAACUAGCGUCGGGAAAAAUGGAGGUGACGGGGACUGACUCUGAGGGGCGGCAGUUCAAAAACCCAGAAGAGAUGUGGAGAGAACACACCGGCGACCAUACCAAGAAAACUCAGUGGUACCGUGAUGGUGUUUCUUACUGGCAAGAUGUGGAGGCAUCGGUAGAUGGAGUGUUGGGUGGAUAUGGACAAGUGAAUGAUGUGGAUGUUAAGGGUAGUGAAGCUUUUCUUCAGAGUCUUUUCUCUGAACUGUUUGUUGAUGGUGGAAUUGGCCGUCAUCUUGUUGCUCUAGAUUGCGGUUCUGGUAUUGGAAGAGUUACCAAGAAUCUUCUCAUACGAUACUUUAAUGAGGUUGAUCUUCUUGAGCCAGUGUCACAUUUCCUGGAUGCUGCUCGUAAUAGUUUAGUUAAUGAAAAUCCUAUGGCUUCGGAUACACACAAGGCCACUAAUUUCUUUUGUACACCACUUCAGGAAUUCAUGCCAGAAGCAGGACGAUAUGAUGUUAUUUGGGUUCAAUGGUGUAUAGGGCAUCUCACUGAUGAUGACUUUGUGUCGUUUUUCAAGAGAGCAAAGAUUGGCCUUAAACCUGGUGGUUUCUUUGUCCUCAAGGAGAAUAUUGCUCAAAGUGGAUUUGUGUUGGAUAAUGAAGAUCACAGCAUUACCAGAUCUGAUUUAUACUUCAAGGAGCUUUUUAGUCGGUGUGGAUUGCAUCUCUAUAAAUCAAAGGAACAAAAAGGAAUGCCCAAGGAACUAUUUGCAGUAAAGAUCUAUGCUCUAGUGACGGAAAUGCCUCAAAAGUUAAUCAAGACAAGAUCCAAAACACAAGGCAACAGGCCUGGCAUAAUCAGAUGAAGAACAGUCGUGCAUUAAGUUUAUAAGAUUUAUGCAACGGGAGCUCUACUUUCCCGUUGAAACCAGAUGUACAUUACAAGGCAGCCAUGUCGGUGUUUGCUCAAUUGCAUUUUACUUUUGAAUGGAGAAAAACAAAAUGAACUGCCUGUUAUUAGUUGUUGCCAAUAAAAUAUGUCUACUCAUUUCUAAUUAAUCUGCAAUAUAAUCAGUGUUACAGGUGCA